AAUAUCCCUUUAAAUACCAUGAUAUCCUGUAAAUACCCGUAUAUCCCACUUAAUCUCCUGAUAUUCCUCAAAAUAAAAAAUCAAGAAGCUCAGGCCUGGAUCCAGACAAAAAUGAUCCUUGAUUUUUCCUUUACUCAAGGUCAAGAAUCUAGUCAAUUUCUUUGCUUAAAAUCAAGGGGCAAGGCCUCUCUGGCAGCAGCCAUGAAUUUACAGAACCUCAGUCAAAAUCCACAAUUGCUUACUCAAUUAACUGCAAAUCCACAAUUUCGACAAAUGAUGCAAGCGUAUAUUCAACAAGCAAAAGGAGGACCUUCAACAUCUAGUGGCAGUGGGAAAAAAUAA